AUGACCCCAACACCAGUACUUGCACUCGCCCUCAUAGCGCUUGUAUCUUUCGUGAUAGUGCAAUCCUUGCAAAAGAAGAGAGACACUAAGAAGCAUCCUUUGCCCCCUGGUCCUCCACCUCUCCCUUUUGUUGGAAAUGUGAUCGGAAUCGACCCAGAUCAUCCAUGGUUAGCAUACUCAAGAUGGGGAACUGAGUAUGGGGAAAUCGUUUACACCCGACUCUUUAGUCAGGAUAUCGUGAUCAUCAACUCCGAAAGAGUUGCGCAUGACUUGCUCGACCGUCGUUCAUAUAACUAUUCCACGCGACCCCCGGGACUCGUGCACCUUCUUGGCUUUUUUGGUCAUGACUACUCCUCUACCUUUCUACCCUACUCAGACAAGUGGAGACUUCACAGGCGAAUCUUCCAUGAAGCAUUCCAUUUAAAAGCAGCGUCAUCCUUCCGUCCGAUUCAAAUGCGCAAUGCUCACAGUUUGAUACUAAACCUACUAGCCUCUCCGGAGGUGUAUGGAACCCAUUUUUACACCUUCAGCACGUCUAUCAUCAUGUCAAUCAUGUAUGACUAUGCUAUAGCGCCCGUUGAUGAUCCCUUCCUUGCGCUCAUUGAACGCUCACUUGAGAUAGAUGUAAAAGUAUUCAGGCCCGAGGUCGCAGCUAUUGUAACACAGUUUCCCAUAUUGGAAAAACUUCCUCCUUGGCUCCCUGGAGCGAGUUUGGUCGCGGGGACGGCUGCACCAUCCGUGGUGUCGGAUGCAUUGAAACGUAUACCAGUCAAAACACAAGAUGAAGGGGAGGCCGCUGUUCUUGAGAAAGGGAUCAAGGAAUCCAGUGCGUCUGGUUAUGCUGCCGCCUCAGAAACUACGACGUCCACUUUAUACGUCUUCCUGCUCGCGAUGGCUUUAUAUCCCGAGGUGCAAACACGUGCGCAAGCAGAGAUUGAUUCCGUCAUUGGGGAAACACUCGAAAGAUUGCCCGACUGGGACGAUCGCGCUUCUAUGCCCUACAUCAAUGCCGUCAUACUGGAGACGCUAAGGUGGUUCCCUAUCGCCCCUCUGGGCGUUGCACAUGCCGCGGUAAAUGACGACAUUUACGAAGGCUACUAUAUUCCAAAAGGGGCUACUGUAAUGGCCAACGCAUGGUGA